GCGACGUGCUUCGCCGGAUAAAUGCGGUGGCGCCGGGGCCGUGGAGAGCUUCGGUCCUGAGCGCCUGGGCGUUCGGGCGUCUGGUGGCGUCGGGGCCCGCGCCUGAGCCCGCCCCUGUUCUUCGCUGUGCCAUGGCGGACGAGGGGAAGUCGUACAACGAGCAUGAUGACCGUGUUAGUUUCCCUCAGAGAAGAAAGAAGGGCCGGGGUCCUUUCCGUUGGAAGUAUGGUGAAGGAGGGAACCGUCGAUCUGGAAGAGGCGGUUCUGGUAUUCGAACUUCCCGACUUGAGGAGGAUGAUGGAGACGUGGCAAUGAGUGAUGCCCAGGAUGGUCCUCGAGUUCGAUACAACCCCUAUGCCACCCGACCUAACCGUCGGGGUGAUACUUGGCAUGAUCGGGAUCGAAUUCAUGUUACUGUACGAAGGGACAGAGCUCCUCCAGAGAGAGGAGGGGCGGGCACCAGCCAAGAUGGGACUUCAAAAAACUGGUUCAAGAUUACAAUUCCUUACGGCAGAAAGUAUGACAAGGCAUGGCUCCUGAGCAUGAUUCAGAGCAAAUGCAGUGUCCCUUUUACCCCCAUUGAGUUCCAUUAUGAGAACACACGGGCCCAGUUCUUUGUGGAGGACGCCAGUACUGCUUCUGCUUUAAAGGCUGUCAACUAUAAGAUCCAGGAUCGAGAGAACCGAAGGAUAUCUAUCAUCAUCAAUUCCUCUGCUCCACCCCUUACUGUUCAGAAUGAAUUGAAGCCUGAGCAAGUAGAGCAACUCAAGCUGAUUAUGAGCAAACGAUAUGAUGGUUCCCAGCAAGCUCUUGACCUCAAGGGUCUCCGUUCAGACCCAGAUUUGGUGGCCCAAAAUAUUGACGUUGUCCUGAAUCGGAGAAGCUGCAUGGCAGCUACCCUACGAAUCAUUGAAGAGAACAUCCCCGAGCUAUUGUCUUUGAACUUGAGCAACAACAGGCUAUAUAGACUGGAUGACAUGUCCAGCAUUGUACAGAAGGCACCCAACCUGAAGAUCCUAAAUCUCUCCGGAAAUGAAUUGAAGUGUGAGCGGGAGUUGGACAAGAUAAAAGGGCUGAAGCUAGAAGAGUUGUGGCUUGAUGGAAAUGCCCUGUGUGACACAUUCCGAGACCAAUCCACUUACAUCAGCGCCAUUCGCGAACGAUUUCCCAAGCUAUUACGCCUGGAUGGCCAUGAGUUACCCCCACCAAUUGCCUUUGAUGUUGAAGCCCCCACGAUGUUACCGCCCUGCAAGGGAAGCUAUUUCGGAACAGAAAACCUGAAGAGUCUGGUCCUGCACUUCCUGCAGCAGUACUAUGCAAUUUAUGACUCUGGAGACCGGCAGGGGCUCUUGGAUGCCUACCAUGAUGGGGCCUGCUGCUCACUGAGCAUUCCUUUCAUCCCCCAGAAUCCUGCCCGAAGCAACUUGGCAGAGUACUUCAAGGACAGCAGAAAUGUGAAGAAGCUAAAAGACCCCACCCUGCGGUUCCGUCUACUGAAGCAUACACGUCUCAACGUUGUUGCCUUCCUUAAUGAGUUGCCCAAAACUCAGCAUGACAUCAAUUCCUUUGUGGUAGACAUAAGUGCCCAGACAAGUACAUUGCUGUGUUUUUCUGUCAAUGGGGUCUUCAAAGAAGUGGAUGGGAAAUCUAGGGAUUCUCUGCGAGCUUUUACCAGGACCUUCAUCGCUGUUCCUGCCAGCAAUUCAGGGCUAUGUAUUGUAAACGACGAGCUGUUUGUGCGGAAUGCCAGCCCUGAAGAGAUCCAAAGAGCCUUCGCCAUGCCUGCACCCACACCUUCCUCCAGCCCAGUGCCCACCCUGUCCCCGGAACAGCAGGAAAUGCUGCAAGCAUUCUCUACACAGUCUGGCAUGAACCUGGAGUGGUCCCAGAAGUGCCUUCAGGACAACAACUGGGACUAUACUAGAUCUGCCCAGGCCUUCACUCAUCUCAAGGCCAAGGGUAAGAUCCCAGAAGUGGCAUUCAUGAAGUGAUCCACAUCAGCCCACAAGAAGCCCCCGUGUAAAUAGCCCGUGGAUAUGAUCAUAUGGUUGCCAUCUGUUGUCUCCUGUCUGGCCCGAGGCCACCUGUGACUGUGACCGAGGGUGGAGCUCCGCAGAGCACCUCUCCUCACCUGCCUUCUGGAAGACUGCGUGGAGACUUCCGGAAGAUUGAGCCUCAUGGUGCCAGGAAGCCAAAGCUUACUUUGUAGAACUGACACUAAACUACCCGAAGGACUUAGGUGCUUUGUGUACUUAGCCCCAGGAUUCCCCUUCCUUUUUAAGAUAAAGAGUGAUAUUGUAUUUUGUCUCCUGA